CUUCUAGUAAGGUUUCGCUUACUGAUGUACCUGAUCUGGCUGAUGGGGAGAAGGACUUCGCCUUGUCUUUGUUGUCGGAUUGUCGUUUUGAUAAGCCCAAGUACAGCGUUCUUUUAGAACAAUAUUUGAGUCGCCGUGAAAUACUUUUGGCGGGUCUUCCUUUAGAAGAUAUGGGCGAGGUCACUAGUGGCGUUCCUAAUCCAUCUACGAUCGCCGUGCCGAAUCCGACGCCUGAUUCGGUGGAUCUUGAUCCUGCUUCUGGCGAUCAAGUUCCUGCUGCGACUUCUGAGUCGCCUUUGCUUCCUUCGAAGGAAUCAGUUCCUUCUCUGAAGGGGUUGCCUACCGCCGGCCAGAAGCGUCCUGCUGAGGACCAGGCUGGAGCUUCUGCCAAGCGUCCCAAGAAGAAGAAAUCUUCUGGGGUGUCUAUCGAGGAGGCACCUCGGUUUGCAGCUUGGGCGGACGCACAGAAUCCGCCUCGACUUUCAAACGUCGCCAUUCUUCAUGCUUGCAUGGAGAAUAUUAUGAUAAAAGAGGACAUCGAGUCCAUUGAUCGCGAGCAUGGCGAUAGUUUGGCCGAGCGAGCCUGA